AUGUCACCCGAAAGCACGGAUCCUCUGGCCGGACUUGAUUCCAUCGACUGGUCUCAAUUCAGCCAUGCCUACGGACCAGCGGAUGACGUACCACAGCUCUUGAAGGACCUCCAGUCGACAGAUCCUGAAGUGUACAAGACAGCAUUUACUAAAUGUUGGUCCAACAUCUAUCACCAAGGUUCACGCUACAGUGCUUCAGUCGAAGCAAUUCCAUUUCUCUACGCUCUACUUGAUAGCCCAGCCACCAAGGAUCGCGAAAGCCUGCUGUAUCUGAUUACCAGUCUUGCAGUCGGUCAUCCAGAUUGGUCGGUCCCUAAUGGGAUCGAUAUCAACAAUUGGGAAAAGAGCAUCGCAGAAAUAGAGAAGCCUGAGUACCGUGAUCGUGCAAUGCAAGGGUUCAAAACCUACGAGGCAGUCGAACGAGGACUAUCUUCUAUUAUACGUUGCUUGGACGAAGAUUCAGCGAGCAUGCGAGCCAAUGCGGCCCAUGCUUUGGCAUUCUUCCCACGUCAGUUGGCUACAUCUAAAGUCGCUCUCCUCGACCGACUGAGUGGAGAGACGAACAACAACGUCAGCGCAACGGCUGUGUUGGCGCUCGCAGUUUUGUUUGCUCGGGCAGACCAUGAUUCAGAGAAACGGGAUCUUAUCAAGAAGAUCCAAGAGUAUCAUGCGGCUUCACCUAUUCGAGAAGCAUUUGAGGAUAUCGUCGGAUGGUCUUGCGCCGUUGCGCUCUUUAUUCUUGGUUCAAAGGAAAAUGGAUUGGCUGAAACUGUGCAGCGUGUAGACGAGGACAAAACGUACGUGGACAAGUUGGAAUCAACCCUUGACCAGGGUGUUUGGUUUCCAUUCGCUUCACUUAAUCUACGCGAUCUGGCCAAGUCCGUGUUGAAAAACUAA